CGUCCCUGAGAUCUUAGGGCUGAUGUCACGUUGUGCAACAGAACACUGGCAUUAUCCAACUUUCUGAAAUUCAUGGCCGAUUGAUCAAAGAAAGUCUUGGAUAGCAGAUACGUUCCCAAUAAGUGGGACAAACUGGAGGUUAUCAGAAACAGAUUUGUGCAGGAAGAUCCCCUAAACUCUGGAUGUAAUCCUCAGCCAGGUAUUCAGGAUUGGAAUUGACUCAAGUGGUGUCAAUGGUUAGUCAACGGACUCUACUAUGUGGUUCUUUGCUCUUGCUGACUAUGGUGGACUGGUGUCCCAAAGUGGGCAGUCUCCAGUGCUACGGCUGCAACCUAAAGACAGGUUCCCAGGAGAUGGAUGUUGGCUGUUCUAGUCCUGAACAAAUGACCUGUUCACCCUCUCACCAAGGCUUCAAGCACAGGUUCUGCAUCAGGAUUGUAAGUGUGGUGCUGGGGGAGGUCUUGGCAAGUGGCUGUGCCACAGCACGUCAGUGCCAACAGGAGGAGUUGCCAGGUGUCCGCAUCCAGUGCUGUACCUCUGACCUGUGUAACCACUCUGCGAAGGCUCGGCUCACUCUCCCGCUCACCUUCUGCCUCCUCUUCAGCAUCGGCACAGCUUGCGCUGUGGCGUGACCCCCGAGGAUCCCGUCGGCACGGGAUCUGACACUAAACUCUCGAGCUCUGGGAACACUUGGACCUCAUGAAGUCAAUGUCGACUGCGUACUCACUCUGAGGGAGCCAAGGCCUCAGUGAUUUGUUAGUGACUCACAGUUCCUUCUGAUGGUGUUUCCGAAAGUGUCCUGAAUGCUUCAAUGCUUGAAUGUAAGAUGCAGCCAAUAAAGUGAAGA